AUGUUCGGGCAUGUCAUCCCCGGCGUCGCCUCCCUCAGGGCCUCGAUUCCGGCCCAGCGCGCGGUCGACUACUAUCUGGUCUGGCUGGUGUUCCUGCUCGUGCUGCGCUACUGGCGGACAGCCCCCGAGGGCUGUACUGCUAUCUGCGCCACCGUCGGGCCGGAGGGGGACACCGUCUUCGACGAGCUUAUAGCCGCGGUUCUCGUCAGCAGACCUGCGCGUCUGGUCUUCGCGUGCAACACCGUCUUGGCUGCUGAGCAGGUCCGCAGGUUCCUGGCCGACUUCCGCGUGUCGUUCGAAGCCGGCAAGACUCGCUACCAGCGCGCGUACAGUCUUCCCGGCUUCGCCUUCGACAAGCACACCGAGAUCAGCGUCGUCGAUGUCAACGUCUCGAACAAGCGCCAGCAGCUCGUCGCCGGCAUGCAGUACGUCUAG